GUCGUCUUUUGCAACAACUAGCAAUGACUGGCUCUGAAGAAGGUGAUCCCCGGACAAAAAGCAGCCUUGGAAAAUUUGACAAAAGUUGUGUGGCUGCUUUUCUUGAUGUUGUGAUUGGGGGCCGCGCAGUCGAGACUCCUCCUAUGUCAUCAGUUAAUCUUCUGGAAGGCUUGAGCAGAACCGUGGUUUAUAUAACCUACAGUCAGCUAAUUACUCUGGUGAAUUUUAUGAAGAGUGUGAUGUCUGGAGAUCAACUGAGAGAAGAUAAAAUGGCUCUUGACAAUUUGUUGGCAAACUUACCACAGGCAAAGCCGGGAAAGAGCAGCAGUUUAGAAAUGACUCCCUACAGUACUCCUCAGAUGUCUCCAGCAACCACUCCAGCAAACAAAAAGAACAGAUUGCCUAUAG